UCUUUAUCUGAGCCGGUUGUUUCUCUUUCGCUUUACGUUCACGUGAUAUGAGUGAGGCUCAAUUCGCUCCGUCCGCUUUGGGGACUAAAGAACACUGGGAUGCAGUUUAUAGCAGAGAACUCAAGUCUUUUCAGGAGUAUGGCGACGAAGGAGAAAUCUGGUUUGGAGAAGGAAGCAUGGCACGGGUUGUCCGAUGGCUGAAUGCGCAAAGGGUGCCACCUACUAGUUCAAUACUUGACAUUGGCACUGGGAAUGGCAUGUUACUGGUGGAACUGGCAAAGUCCGGUUACAGCAAUCUUACAGGGAUAGAUUAUUGCACACAAGCUAUUGAGCUCGCAAGAAGCAUAUGUGAAAAGGAAGGCGUACCUCAACAUGUACAUUUAGAGGUAACCGACUUCCUGGAAACAUUUCAUCCAGUGCAGCAGUUUGAUAUUUGCUUGGAUAAAGGAACAUAUGAUGCAGUGAGCCUAGACCCUAGUGGAGCAGCAGAAAAGCGCCGGCAAUAUAUUAAGUCAUUGUGCCAUGCUUUGAAACCACAUGGACUCUUUAUUAUCACAUCCUGCAACUGGACUAGAGAUGAACUUUUAAUUGCGUUUGGGGAAGAUUUUGAAAUUGCUGACGAGUUGCCAACACCAACAUUUAAUUUCGGAGGCCACUCUGGCAAAAGUGUUACCGCGUUGGUCUUCAAAAAAAAGAAGAGCAACUUGUGAGAGUAGAAGUGGAUUAGAUUUUGCCUGAAAUCACCCUGGAAACACUUAUCUAUGACAUCAUCCACAGCUCUGUAAAUAACUGUACUUUUGUUCUGCCUAAGGGUUCUAGUUUGUAUAGUCUUUGAUGUAAUAAUAAAAAAUAUCCUGGGAA